AUGAAACGGUCAUUAGGAGACGACGCCUCUGCCAUCGAGAUCAAGAAGCCACAACUGUACACUUCUGGCUCCGGAACCGACGCUUUCAGAGCCAUGUUAAUGUCUGCUAGGUGCGUUUCGGUUUCCCUGUGUCAAGCAUCAGAGGCCCAUCCCCACUGCUACUAUUGCGAUUCAACCAACGUUGCAACGGAGUGUGACACUUGCCAACAUGCGAUAUGUCCCACAUGCAGCCUGGGAUCGACCGCUACAUGUCUAAACUGCCAUCUUAGCCGCUAA